AUGGCAGAAGGCGACUCCCCGCGCGUUGCUUCCCCGUGCGCUGGCGCUGGCUCCCCGCGCUGGUCGACAGAAGUGAGCAGCAACGCCAGCGAUGCCGGUCAUCGUAAAAGCUUCAGGAGUCCGGGGGUCAACGCAGACUUCAUCCGCGAACAAAUCAGUGGAGAGACCAACGAGACGCUCCAGAAGAAGAUAGGAAGGUUUCUGAAAAGCUACAUAGUGGUAAACCUGAUGGGCUGCGUUGUUGCGGCAGAUAGCUUCCUUACAUGUGCAGCAGUGGACGCUAGGGCAGCCAGUACCGAUCUUCCAUACGUCUACUUCUUGCUGUCCAAGCUGUGCCUUGGCCUUUACACUGCUGAACUACUGCUUUCUAUCUUCGCCAGAGGUCUCGAUGUGUGCAAGGACUGGUUGGGUGUUAUUGACACGAUCAUCGUGCUUUGCGGCUGGGCGGAAGUCAUUGUCACUGCCGCCAUGCACGCAGACAGGGGACUGCCACUUGGCUUGCUGCGCAUCUUCCGGCUGCUGCGCAUCGUCCGCACUGUGAAGCUUCUCAGGCGAGUGCGGAUGUUCAAGGAACUCUACAAGCUUAUCAAAAUGAUGGCAUCAGUCUUUCGCACCUUAUUGUGGUCCUUCCUGCUUUGCUUCAUUGUGAUGACGGCCUUUGCCAUGCUGAUAGUGGAGUUUGUUAACCCGGUUGUGAUCGAGCUGAACGAUAAUUUCGGCACUUUCGAGGAAUGCAAAGAAUGCUUGCAAUCAACGACAACAGUGAUGGAAGCCAAUUUGCUGCUGUUUCAGACUGUGAUAGCUGGUGACAGCUGGGGCAAAAUCGCUGUGCCGGUGAUACAUGCAGCUCCCGCCACGGUCAUGAUAUUUGUGGGAUCCCAGCUGACCAUCGUGUUUGGCGUCCUGAACCUCAUUGUUGCUGUUGUGGUGGACACCUUUGCAGAAGCCAGACAAGUCGACGUGGAAGCUUUGGCAGAGGACCUGGAAACCGAGCUAGAGAGAGACAGGGAGAAGCUCGAGGAGGUCUUCCACCGUAUUGACAAGACGGGCACCGGGGAGCUCAGCCUCAGCGAGUUGAUCGAUGGCGCUCGCAAUGACGCCGUCUUCCGAAGCAGGUUGAGGGUCAUGGACAUUGACGAGAGUGAUUUACAGCAGCUUUUUCAGAUGAUCGACGCUGACCAUUCGGGCACGUUGCAGGUGUCCGAAUUUAUUGGCCCGCUCAGCCGAUGGGCUCGCGACUCCAAGACGGCACCGCGCUUCAUCAAGUAUAACCUGAUGCAGUCAAUGCAUAUGCAGGAGGACCUGCUGGAGCUUUCGGACCAGCGGUUCGUGAGGUUGGGAACGCAGCUGGAGACCUUAGGCCACGAGCUAAGGGCCUUCACCAAAGGCCAGAGCGAGCCAGAAGGUUUCAUGAUGCCAAGUGGCGACGAUUCCUUCGACAAAACGACUUCAAGCUCGCACGACCAGAUCUCCGCACCCCAUGCCAGCGGCCACCCAGAGCUUCUGGCCAAGUCGUGCGACCAGGAUAUGGCGCACUUCCCUGUUGACAUCGACCAUCACACGCGCAGAGCAGGCACACUUGCGACUCACUCGUCGGAGAUCAGCCGGCAGAUCGAAGAGGCUAUGGGGCACAUUGACGCGAAGCUGGAGACCUUACUUUACCGAGAAGAGGAACGACACACACAGCCCUCGAAGAGAUUGGCAAGAGGACGCUCCACCAACGCCUUCCGGGUGAUGUACAUGGAAGAGCCAUUGCACGUCAAUGGAGGGCAUGGUAAGCCUCGGAGCAAGGAGUUGGACCGUGUCCUUGCCGACAUUUGA